CACUCGCUUACUCUUACACUCCCUCCGUCUACCGCCUGGCUAGGUUGCAACACAACACAAGGCGAUGACAACCGGUCCCGACACGUGUAUCACAACGGGCCGAACGAGAGAAGGUGCGCGCUCGAUCGACGCGACGGUGACACACGAAUUCCGUCACAACGAUGACCGUACGCCGUCAACCCUGAGGUAGACUGUCCGGGUGGGUCUGGGCUGCAGUUUCAUCAGCAAGAUCUCGUGCUCGCUUUUAUCUCCGUCUGCACCUCCUGGACGGCUACAGAAGCUCCAACGAGUCGAGCAUGUCAGCAAACCUGUGAGAGUGAACUUGCUUCUUCUAAAAUUCCGACUCCUCAGCAAACUUACGAAGACAAACAAUCCAACGAAAUCAACAGAGAGACAGAUUCGUGGAACAAUUUCGAAUACUUGGAUACAGUCGACUCAAAACACCAGUUUCACGAAAUAGAUCCUGAUGAUGAGCUCUGCGUUCGAGCAAAUUUUUUUUCCUGCAGUUCUCAGCUCGGCUCGGUACAUUAUAGAAGUAUGAGCUGGUUGAGAAUGCGAUUGUCGAAAUCCGGUGCAGGAGACAUCGCCUCUGUUUCAGAUCGGAACCGAAAUUCAUCUUUUGAAUCCAACCCCACAAGGUGAAAUUUUGUAAAGAGGUACGUGAAUGGAUAGCAAUUGAAAGUAAUGGAGGGAGGAAUUGUGGAUGCGGGCAAUUCGCCCGCAAAUGAAGAACAGAUCCAGAUCCAGGAGAGCUCUUUGUGUGCGCACGUACUAGCUAUCCCUUUGAGUAUAAACUCGGCUUCGCAUGUCACCUCGGCCGUGUUGCUGUCAGCCAAGCUCGCCAAGCAAGACAUCACUGUCACAAUCUUCACGGACCGAUACAUGCUGCCACACAUACACUCGCUUCAUUCGCCCGAAGCGCUGCAAAGUCUCCGGUUGGCCAUUAUGGACCACGAUGAGUCGGAACGUGAGUUGCAUGAAGACUGGAGCAGACCAUUUAAGUACUCGUACGCCGUGAUGUGAGCUGCAGAACCUUACUAUAGAACCUUAAUUCUAGAGCUAAUAUGUGCACCAAGGCCUGACUUCACGGAAGGGCUGUAUUUAUUAGAUAAAAUACCGAUGCUGGGCUUGCUCCGGUGUUUCGGUGAAUCAUGAUAACUCCAUGAAUCGCACGGACAUAGCGCUGGCGAUGUUUCAUUCAAAUUUCAGAUAUUGACAGGCAGAACCUUACUUCCAAAAUAUGGCCUCUGCCCGAUCCUCAGGAGCUGCCAGCCUACCCACAUGCGUCAUAGCAUACAUGUUCUGUCUUUGGGCUCAGAAACUUUCACAGGAACAGAGUCUACCAUGUUACGCGUAUUUCCCUAGUGGUCCAAAUUUCGCUCGUCUUCUUCAAGCGUUUCCGGCUCUCAUUUCGGAAGGAAGGUUGAGAGUGGGAGAGAAUGGCAAAUUCAUCGAAAGCAAACAGACUAUCACCGUCCCUGGUGUUGCAACUCUUUUGGACAUAGAGUUGCCAAAUUCCACCAAAAUAAACCCUGUCUCAGUGACAGCGAAAGCGGGACUGGAUUUGUCGAAUGUAAACGGCGUGAUCAUCAACACCUUUUACGAAUUGGAAAGUCAUGCCAUUGAAGCCUUCUUGCAGGCUUGCGAUCCUACGUUGCAUGUAUGUCGUCUGCCUCUGAUCCCUCGAGCUUUUAUCUAGAGUAGCGACAACGAAAUUUGUGCUCUCACGGGUUUGUACUACUUUGUUUACUUGGAAAAUCAAAUUCGAGGAACUGACGCAGACCGACUUGACAAGACAGACGUAAUUUGCAGAUUUGUAAUUUACAUGCUCAAACGUCCAAACAGAACUUUUCUACUUUCAGAUACUGGUGGGUGAAACCGGCGGAACA